UUUUCCAAAGAUUCACGUGGUUACCGCUAAACUCACACUCCUCAACACGUCCCACCUGCAAAAACGUACUUACUCGCAAGGUCGACGAAAACCUAUCAACAGCUGGUCGUUACAUAGGUUAGCAACCAUAGGAACUAGCGGUUCACUGAUUCUAGAUAGGAAAUCAGGUUGAGAAAAAGAAUCUUCUAUCAUAUUAUCAAUCACCUGAAUAAACUUGUACGUGGCAUAUUUUUUCCAGUGGUAUUGGACACCACUUCACAUUUUGUUCGAGCUGAGUACAAAUUUCUGGGUGAGCAUGCGUUUUCGUAACUAUUACUGAUUAUUUACUAGUAUCAAAAUGCAGAUAUACACCUCUGAAAAGCGUGGUUCAGACACAACUGGGGAUGGAACGGAGAAGGCUCCUUUGAAAACUGUUUUGCAGGCACUGAUCAAACUGGAUGGUAAAGUUAAUGCGGAUACCCGUAUCUGGGUUGAUGGUGUUGGAGAUGAGGUGUGGGAUGUUGUGUCCAAAACCAAACUAAAGAAAAUAAUGAAGUUGUAUAGCGUACAAGCUAAGAAACAGGAGAAGGUGCAACAUGAAAAGCAGUCAUCUGAGCAUGGAGAUGCAAGUAACCACCUAAGUGAAGCUGUGGAAGUUCAACUCACUCUCGAUACAUCACUACCUACAGCGAAACAAAGUAAAAUUCGUGAUUUACAAACUCUGUAUGAUAAACGUGUUCACGUUUAUGGUUGGGUGCAUCGAAUUCGUCGUCAGAGCAGAACACUAAUGUUUAUUGUUCUUCGUGAUGGUACAGGAUUCUUGCAGUGUGUAUUUGCAAAUAAUCUGUGUUUAACUCAAGACGCAAUUGCACUCUCGCCGGAGUCAACUGUUGAGAUAUAUGGGACGGUGAAAAAGCUACCUGCUGGUAAGUCAGCUCCUGGAGGUAUUGAACUACUUGCUGAUUAUUGGGCGGUGAUCGGCAGAGCACCAGCUGGUGGUAUUGACUCUGUAUUGACAGUGGAAAGUGAUAUAGACACUCAGUUGGAUAACAGGCACUUAGUUAUUCGAGGAGAAAAUACUGCAAAAAUGCUUAGAUUGGUCAAUAUCGCAUUGUCUGCCUUUCGUGCGCAUUACGCUGAUCGUGGUUAUAUUGAAGUGUUACCGCCAACAUUUGUCCAAACUCAAGUUGAAGGUGGUGCUACUCUGUUUUCUUUGAAUUAUUUUGGUGAGACUGCAUUCAUGUCUCAAUCAUCUCAGUUGUAUUUGGAAACGUGUAUACCAGCAGUAGGUGAUUGUUAUUGUAUUACACGCAGUUAUCGAGCUGAGAAAAGUAGAACACGACGUCAUUUAUCCGAAUAUAAUCAUGUUGAAGCUGAAUGUCCAUUUAUUGAUUUGAACGGUCUACUGGAACGGAUUGAAGAUCUUGUUGUCGAUGUCUGUGAUCGUAUCAUAAAACAAGCCGGUGAUCUACUUUUAGACGUUAAUCCAGAAUUUAAGGCUCCCAAGAGUCCUUUUAAACGUUUGAAAUAUGAAGAUGCCAUUGCUCAGUUAAACAAUCUAGGUAUUCUGAAAGAGGAUCUAACAACUUUUGAGUUUGGUGAUGAUAUUCCUGAAGCUCCAGAACGCCGACUUGUGGAUACAAUUGGAGAACCAGUGCUGUUGACUAAUUUCCCUGCUGGAUUGAAAGCAUUUUAUAUGUUACGAACUGAAGGUGAUCGCCGGCUAACCGACUCAGUUGAUCUGUUGGUUCCAGGCGUUGGUGAACUAGUAGGCGGUUCAAUGCGUAUGGAUAACAUUGAUGAAUUGUUCAAUGGGUACAAAUCAGAGGAGAUCGAUCCAGCUCCAUAUUAUUGGUAUACAGACCAGCGCAAAUUUGGGACCUGUUCACAUGGUGGUUAUGGAUUAGGCUUUGAAAGAUUUUGUACCUGGCUUCUAGGUAAAGAUCAUAUCCGUGAUGUAUGCCUGUAUCCUCGUUUCACCAGUCGAUGUCGUCCAUAAAUUUUUAUUCAAAUUGCAUGUGUCUCUUGUUAUGCGCGUGUUUACAUUAGUUUUGUUCUAUGAAAUUUCAUGUCAAUGCUUCUACCAUUUCUAUAUAGCUGACUUUAUUUGUGUAUUGUGUACUCACUGUUUGUUUGCUUGAAGAUUUAUGUUGUUGUGAAUACUACCUACCUUCAGUUAAAACUUCAUGCAAUUUUUGUCUUUGUUCAGAAUAAAAUGAAUAUGUUCUUGAACAAUGAUUGAUGCUCUUGUUUCAUGAUUUCAUUUAUACAUACUGUUUUGAUGAAACUUGUAGUUUACAAUUUGUAAUGGAUUACUUCUAACGGACAGACAAUUUUCAGGUAUGCGCAUGUCCUGCAAAAACGAUGGAAGAGUGAAAAUCUCGUGGAUGCAUCCGUACUCGGAUCACAAGCUUGACUUGUUUUCUCGAGCCGCUUUUAGGUAUUGGAUGACUAGGAAGUCUAAGAUCUUAGGAGCGGUGUUAAUUAAACUGAUUCCUCCGUAGUUGUCACAAGAAGACUUCUGCUUUUGUAAAUUGCGAAAAUGAACGAUCUAGAGGAGUCUGACGGGACUAUGUCUUAUUGUCAUACACUAGGUGGCACAUUUGUCAGUGUAUUUAAUAAUGUUUCUCUCUGCUUCCUUGAAAGUCGUCUGUUCGUGUCAGAUC